UCUCCCCCGUCCAUCAGCUUUUGCCCCGCCCUCCUGUCCAGCAGGCCGGAAGGAUGAGCUCCCGGAAGUUCCGGCGGGGCCGUCGCUGUGUGGGGUAAACAGUAAUGGCGGAGGCUGCGGUGGCCCCCGGUGGUGGCGGAGCCGCGGCAGCGACAGCCGCGGCAGCUGGAGCAGCGGCUGUCGCGGCCCCCAGCCCCUCCGCCGCCGGCGCCGCCGCCGCCACCAUCUCCGCCGCCACCGCCACGGCCCCCAGCCUCCCCACAGCCGAGCCUCAGCCGCCGCCGGCCGGAGCCGGAGGGGGAAGCAGCGGCGGUUGGACUAAGCAAGUCGCCUGCAGGUAUUUCAUGCAUGGCGUUUGCAAGGAGGGAGACAACUGCCGUUACUCCCAUGAUCUCUACACUAGUCAGUCUGCCAUGGUGUGCAGGUAUUUUCAGCGAGGAUGCUGUGCUUACGGAGAUCGUUGCAGAUACGAACAUACCAAGCCAUUGAAAAGGGAAGAAGUGACUACUGUGAGUCCAGCUAUAAAAACCUACCCUUCAGCUUCCACAGAAGUGAGCCCGUCCCCUGGAACACUUGAAGUGAGCACUGGUGAAACUGAAGUUGAAGACAAAGACCUGGCAGCCGCUGGAGCUAGGGCUGAAGAUUGGGUGAAUGCUGUGGAGUUUGUCCCUGGGCAGCCAUACUGUGGCCGUGCUGCUCCAUCCUGCACUGAAACUCCCAUGCAGAGAAUGGUAAUUGAAGAGGAAUAUGAAAAACAGCACACCAACCUGGAGAUGAAGAAACAAUUAUGUCCCUAUGCCGCAGUGGGAGAAUGCCGCUAUGGAGAAAACUGUGUAUAUAUCCAUGGAGAUGUGUGUGACAUGUGUGGUUUGCAGGUCCUCCAUCCCGCUGAUGCCGCACAGAGAUCUUUGCACAUAAAGUCUUGCAUCGAGGCUCACGAGAAGGACAUGGAGCUCUCCUUUGCCGUCCAGCGUAGCAAAGACAUGGUGUGUGGCAUCUGCAUGGAGGUGGUGUAUGAAAAAGCCAACCCCAGCGAGCGUCGCUUUGGGAUCCUCUCCAACUGCAAUCACACUUACUGUCUCAAGUGCAUCCGCAAGUGGAGGAGCGCUAAACAAUUUGAGAGCAAGAUCAUAAAGUCCUGCCCAGAAUGCCGGAUCACAUCUAACUUUGUCAUUCCAAGUGAGUACUGGGUGGAGGAGAAGGAAGAGAAGCAGAAACUCAUUCAGAAAUACAAGGAGGCAAUGAGCAACAAGCCAUGCAGGUAUUUUGAUGAAGGCCGUGGGAGCUGCCCAUUUGGAGGGAACUGUUUUUACAAACACGCAUAUCCCGAUGGCCGCCGAGAGGAGCCCCAGAGGCAGAAAGUGGGAACUUCGAGUAGAUACAGAGCCCAACGGAGAAAUCGGUUUUGGGAGUUCAUCGAGGACAGGGAGGGCAGCGAUCCCUUUGAGAACGACGAGGACGAGGUGGUGACCUUUGAGCUGGGCGAGAUGCUUCUCAUGCUGUUGGCAGCAGGAGGCGACGAUGACCUGACAGACUCAGAGGACGAAUGGGACUUGUUUCACGAUGAGCUGGAAGACUAUUACGACUUGGCUCUAUAGCACCUCUUUGUGGAGUUUUGGACUGCCUGCUCCAGUUUUCAGGCAGUAGCUCUUUUUCCUGUGGUGUUGUGGCAGUGCCUGUGUUUUUUUCUCCUCCUAGGCAGGCCUAUCCAUUCCAGGUGCUGCUGUUGUAAUAACUUUUUACCCAGGGUCUGUCUCCUCCUCUCCCCGAACCCCACCCCGCCCUCCUUUCUCCCGGCCUCAAAGCUCCCCCAACCCCAGGAGUGUGUGUUUUUUUCUUCUCUGUUAAACAAAUGACAUGUAAUAAACCUUUAAAACGUUAGGGUUUUUUUUUUGUAAAAAAAAAAAAGGAAUUUAACUGUCAGACAGUUAGAUUAGACUUGUUGCUUCAUAUCUGUGUUCCUGUCGGGGAUUCACCCAGUUCCAAGGUUCAAGUGUUUACAGGACUUCCACACUCAUCUUGAAGAGCCCAGAGACAAAUGUGAGAGCGGCGGUUGUGCGGCAGGGGCAGGGAUGGGCAGGAGUUGGCCAAUGGCCUCUUUCCAUUACGGACUUCGGAAGCAUUUAUUUUUUACUACUUCAGAUUUCGGGCCAGCGGUGUCGUCUGUUCGUUCUUUUCCCUUGGCCGGCUUCAGUUCCAUUCCAGACCCGACUCCCACCCCAUGUACACGUGUUCAUUUGUGGUUUUGGUCACUUGUUUACUUGCACAUUACUAUUUACUACUGUGUAACCAGAACCAGGCGUGAAUGUUCCGGGUUUUUACUGUUCGGCAUGAGAGGGAAAUGUGGUUUUUUGUGUGUGAAAGGAGAACUUUCUAUGUAUGUAUAUACAAAUAAAAUGCAGAGUUGUAUCCCAAGGGCUGGGCAACUUAGUAUAUGUGUGUAUUAAACCCUUUCGCUUCUCUCUUCUUUUCUCUUUCACCAUCACCCACUUUAGACCCCACCACCACCCCUUUUCUUGGCGCAUGAAGUCUGAAGUCCCUGCGAGCUUUGAAGCAGCCGUGGUCUCAACCAAGUUUUUUUGGGGAAGUGGUCUCGAAACCAGCUCAUUUAACUUGGUGAUAGGCAUCUCCUUAAUGACACCAGCACUCUUAUAUCUUCCCAGCCACCUUUACACUCCUUUUGGGCUGCACAGGCACGGGGAUAUGGUUAGCCAAAGAGGGUUCUGACCAGCCUAGUACCCAGUUAGGGCACCAGCAUCUUAGAAUCCCUGUAUUUCCUUCCUCUUAGACAUGUUUGAGAUCAUCAUUAGCAAUCACUCAAGAGUUUUAUCCAGGAAAACACUUCUAUCUCUUUCUUUCUUUCUUUCUUUCUUUCUCUCUCUCUCUCUCUGUUUAAAAGAACCCACCUCUUGGCUGUACCCAUCAAACAAGCAGCCGCGCAAUCAGGCUCCAGUUCUGCCAAGAAAAAACUCCAGAUGCCCCCAGCCCCCCAACCCUUUUCUCCCUCUUCCCACUGUCUCUUUAAUGGAAUUUUCACUUUCCAUUUACAUUUAAUGCUGCUGGAUUGUCCUUAAAACUGUUCUGCUGCUUAUGUCCUUUGGAUUGCGUCUCCUUUCACUUUUAAAUGGAAUUGGAAACUGUUGCUGAAGUCUGUGUUACUUUGCAGCUGCCUUUUGUAAGAAGCACUUUUCCCAAAUAAUAAUAAAAAAACAACAACCGAAAAGCAAA